UUCUGCUCCCAGUUUUGGGGGGUCGUUAUAGGUUUGCUGACGACCAAACUCAAAGCGGUCUGGACUCCAUGUCGCUGCAGGCCAGUAUCUUUGACGGAAUGUCUGGAGCACAACCGACUGAAGCCUCUUCCCCAGAUGAAAGCUACUUUUCAGGAAUCUCUGAAGAAGACCUAUGUGGAAGUCAGCCCCUGGAUCUGGUAUUUAUAAUAGACAGCUCCCGCAGUGUUCGACUACAUGAGUUUGAAAAAGUGAAAGUUUUCUUGUCCAAUAUGAUUGACACUUUGGAUGUGAGAGAACGGUCAACCCAUGUGGCCGUGGUGAAUUAUGCAAGCACAGUCAAGAUCGAGUUUGAUCUUCAAACCUACUUCGACAAGGUUUCUAUGAAGGAAGCAGUAGCCCACAUCAGUCCAUUAUCUGCCGGUACCAUGACUGGUCUGGCCAUCCAGACUGCCAUGGAAGAGAUUUUUGCCAAAGAAGGAGGAGCAAGAGACUCUUCCCUUGACAUUCCCAAGGUGGCAAUAAUUGUGACUGAUGGUCGUCCUCAGGAUCAGGUGGAAGAGGUGGCAUCCCGGGCUCGCGCUUCCGGAAUUGAGAUUUAUGCAGUCGGGGUUGGCCGAGCAGACAUGCAGUCCUUAAGGCUCUUGGCUAGUGAGCCUGUGGAUGAGCACAUUUCUUAUGUGGAGACAUACGACUUGAUUGAAAAGUUGGCUUUUACAUUUCGGGAAGCAUUCUGUGCUGUGGAUGCCUGUGUCCAUGGAAACCAUGACUGUGAGCAAAUCUGUGAGGCGAAUGACAGGUCCUGGCACUGCAGCUGCUACGAAGGCUACACCUUGAACCUGGAUGAGAAAACGUGCUCACGUAAGGCUCUGAGCUUCUGUGCACCCAGAAUGCACAACUGCGAUCAGAUCUGUGUGUCUACCAACGACUCCUGGCAUUGUGAGUGCUACGAAGGGUACACACUGAAUCCUGAUAACAGGACAUGCUCAAGAAGGGAGCCUUGUGCACCCGGAGCCCAUAACUGCCAACAGAUCUGUAUGCCCACCAACGGCUCCUGGCACUGUGAGUGCUAUGAAGGGUAUAUCUUGAAUGCAGACAAAAGAACAUGCUCAGCUAGAGACUCCAGGGGUAUCUGUACAACUGGAACCCAUGACUGUGAUCAGAUCUGCGUUGCCAGCACUGACUCUUGGCACUGUAGCUGCUAUGAAGGAUACUCCUUGAAUCCAGAUAAGAGGACCUGCUCAGGUAAAGACCCGCACAUUCCUCACUUACAGAUGGCUGUGCGCCUGGAACCCAUGAUUGCCAACAGAUCUGUGUGCCUAGUGGCCAUUCCCAUCGUUGUGAGUGCUAUGAAGGAUUUGCUCUGA